UUACCAUGUACUUGGGCGAUGCUAGUAGAGCAUCAGCAGUUGCAGUGGGAGACGUCUAUUUAGAUUUUGGCUUAGAUAGGUUUCUAGUUUUGAAAGAUUGUCUUUAUGCUCCUUGUUUUAGAAAGAAUUUGAUUUCAUUUUCCAAGUUGUUUAUGAACGGUUUUUCCGCUACGUUUGAUAAUAAAGUUAUUAUUCGUUUUAGCAAAAUGUUCAUAUGUUCUGGUUCAUUAGUUGACAAUCUAUACAUUCUAGAAUCUAAGGCUUCUCCACUGCAACAGAAACAAUUACUUAAUUCAUCAUCUAAUCUGAGCGGUAUCAAAUUGGCUUCGCGCUUACGUUUUUCAGCAGCUUCUACCUUCGCGCGCGUCCCAUCUUGUCGGCCUCGGCUGCCCCAUCUGUGGAGAAGCGCGCCGCGGCUCGUCGCCAAACUAG